ACAGCAUAUUGAGUGGAGUAAGAUCAAGACACCUACUGAUGAAGUCGUUGUUCCUUACGACAAAAUGGUUCCCGUCUCUGAAGAUGUUUCCGAGACCAAGAAUCUUCUGGACAAACUUGUUGUGUUGAAGCUUAAUGGAGGUCUUGGAACAACUAUGGGAUGCACUGGCCCCAAGUCGGUUAUCGAAGUUCGUGAUGGUUUGACAUUUCUUGAUCUGAUUGUUAUCCAGAUUGAGAAUCUCAACAACAAGUAUGGCAGCAAGGUUCCUUUGGUUCUUAUGAACUCGUUUAAUACACAUGAUGACACACAAAAGAUUGUGGAAAAGUACACCAACUCAAAUGUUGACAUUCACACUUUUAACCAGAGCAAAUAUCCCCGUAUUGUGGCAGAUGAGUUUGUGCCAUGGCCCAGCAAGGGAAAGACCGACAAGGAUGGCUGGUAUCCUCCCGGUCAUGGUGAUGUAUUCCCAGCCCUCAUGAACAGUGGAAAGCUCGAUACGUUCUUAUCACAGGGUAAAGAAUAUGUGUUUGUUGCCAAUUCAGACAACUUGGGUGCAAUCGUUGACUUAACAAUCCUGAAGCAUUUGAUCCAGAACAAGAACGAAUACUGUAUGGAGGUUACACCCAAAACCUUAGCUGAUGUAAAGGGAGGAACUCUCAUUUCUUAUGAAGGAAAAGUCCAGCUUCUGGAGAUUGCUCAGGUUCCUGAUGAACAUGUCAAUGAGUUCAAAUCAAUUGAGAAGUUCAAGAUAUUCAACACAAACAACCUAUGGAUUAAUUUGAAGGCCAUCAAAAAGCUUGUGGAAGCUGAUGCACUUAAAAUGGAGAUCAUCCCAAACCCAAAGGAAGUUGAUGGAGUCAAAGUUCUUCAACUGGAAACUGCAGUUGGUGCUGCGAUAAGGUUCUUUGACAACGCUAUCGGUGCUAAUGUACCUCGCUCACGGUUCUUGCCAGUGAAGGCAAGUUCAGACUUGCUGCUCGUCCAGUCUGAUCUCUACACCUUAGUUGAUGGCUUUGUCAUCCGAAACAAAGCUAGAACUAACCCCUCAAACCCAUCAAUUGAAUUGGGACCGGAGUUCAAGAAGGUGGCCAAUUUCUUGAGCCGAUUCAAGUCCAUCCCUAGUAUAGUCGAGCUCGACAGCCUUAAGGUUUCUGGUGAUGUGUGGUUUGGCUCAUCUGUUGUUCUCAAGGGCAAGGUGACUGUAACGGCAAAAUCUGGCGUGAAACUCGAAAUUCCGGACGGGGCCGUGAUCGAGAACAAGAACAUCAAUGGUCCGGAGGAUCUCUGAACAAGACAAAUUCCAAGUCUUCUUCCCUCUCUCAUGGAAGACACAACAUCUCGAAAAGAUACUGUUUAAAUUGGUGUGAAAAUAUUACAGUGCCACAGCAAAGUUAUGAAGAAAGAAUAAAACAACGUUUCCUUUUUGCAGCUUAGCAAAGUCUAUUCCCCCCCUACGGACGGACUUUAUAGUAUUAAAUUUUGCUC